AUGUCUCAAGCAGCACAACGUCUCUCUCAAGUCGCCUCGCACAUCACAUCCCCCAAAGGAGGGGUCUCUGCGCUCACUGCUAAGAAUCCCGAUGACAUUGUCGUAACAUGUGCUCUCCGAACUGCCUUCACCAAGGGUGGUCGCGGUGGCUUCAAGGACACCGCCUCCUCGGAUCUUCUGGCCGGUAUCUUCAAGGCUGUUAUUGAUAAAUCUAAGAUUGAUCCAUCGCUUGUAGAGGAUAUUGCUGUUGGAACAGUAUUGGCCCCUGGCGGUGGUGCCACUGAGUUUCGUGCCGCUGCUUUGGUCGCCGGAUUCCCUGAAACCACAGCAGUCAAGGCCUUGAACAGACAGUGCUCCAGUGGAUUACAAGCUAUUGUUGAUAUUGCAAAUGCCUUGAAGGCAGGCGUCAUUGAUGUUGGCAUUGGUGCAGGUGUCGAGAGCAUGUCCUCUCAGUACGGACCUGGUGCUGUCAGCGAAUUCUCGGAGCUUCUGGAGAGCCACCCCGAGUCCGCCAACUGCAAAGUUCCUAUGGGUAUCUUGUCUGAGGAUAUGGCAAAGGACCUCAAAGUCAGCCGUGCCGACCAGGACGUUUUCGCCGCCUCUUCUUAUCAAAAGGCUGAGCGUGCUCAAAAGGAAGGCCUCUACAAGGACGAAAUUGUCCCUCUCACUGUCAAAUUUACCGACCCUAAGACCAGCGAGGAGAAGACCGUCGUCGUGGACCGGGAUGAUGGCGUUAGAGCCGGUAUGACCGCUGAGUCUCUGGCCAAAAUUAAGCCUGCUUUCGCUCAAGACGGCUCCAUUCACGCCGGAAACUCAUCUCAGAUUUCCGACGGUGCUGCUGCCGUUCUUCUCAUGAAGCGCUCCACCGCCGAGCGACUGGGACAGAAGAUCAUUGGCAAGUAUGUCACCGCCAGCGUUGUCGGUGUCAAGCCACUUCUCAUGGGUAUGGGCCCAUGGAAGGCUAUCCCUGUUGCCCUGGAGAAGGCUGGCAUUAGCAAGGAUGAUGUUGAUAUUUACGAAAUCAACGAGGCGUUCGCAUCUCAAUGCUUGUGGUGCGCGAAAGAGCUUAAGCUGCCAAUGGAGAAGAUUAAUCCCAAGGGUGGCGCCAUCGCUUUUGGUCACCCCCUCGGAUGCACUGGAUCCAGACAGGUCAGCACCUUGUUGACUGAGUUGAACAGGACAGGCAAGAAAAUUGGUGUCACCAGCAUGUGCAUUGGAACCGGUAUGGGUAUGGCUGCUGUUUGGGUCGCCGAGUAA